AAAGGUUCACUGGUCUGUGCAGUAAUGAACUUUACUCUGAUUUCGACUUUAGGUCUCUGCAACCUCUUCUUGAUUGCAGUCUGCAGGGCUCAGACUGUGGAGGUCCGUCCAGGUGAAGAAGUCACACUGCAAUGCUCCAACAUUUCCACGCACAGUUCUUUAACAUUCUGGUUCAGACUGGUCAACAGAACCAUGGCCAGCUGUAUCUCUGUCAUGUUCAGAGCUGAUAAAAGUGUGGCAUACUGUGAUGGAUUUCAUAACGGAUCGUUUGAAAUGACUUCCAACAGUUCUACUAUCUUCUUGAAAAUUAAACACGCGAGUGUAUCUGACUCUGGACCUUAUUUCUGUGGAUUUUUCACAAUUUUUCCAGUUUUUAAUGUGAUACAUUUAUAUGUUAAAGACUUCAGUGAUACUGAUGAGACUGAGAGCAUCACCAAAAAAGAGUGUGAUGGAAUGUCAAAGCUGGCCGGUCUGAUUUUGGCUCCUCUGACUGUUUUCCUUAUAAAUGCAGUUAUCGCCAUGGCUUUUAAAAUCUGGACACUACAGACAGCUGCUGAUGAAGGACAGAUACUACAGCAAAGUGAGAACCUGGAUUCUGAUGAAGCAGCAAUGACUUUGUACCCAGCAGCAAUAAUAAAGAGAAGGCCUGCAUCACAGAGAGAAGUGGAGACUCAUGUUUUUUAUGUAUCCCAGUAAAUGCUCGGGGAAACAUUGAUAAGGUUUCCCAUAAAUCUGCUACUGGGAUUUUGUGUGUAGUUAAUGACUCUACUGUAAUGUACAAAAAAAUGUUUAAUACAUUGACAAAGUUUUGUUUAAUGAAAUGUUGUCUUUCAUUUGGAACAA